AUGUGUAUGUGUUCGCCUACUUCGCAUCCAGAUUAUGUAGGCAAGCUGUUCGAUGAAAUGCCAGGAGACGAGUUUUGGUCUGAACUAAAAGCCAUCAGAUGGUAUCCUGUUUCUGUUGACCCUCCUUUGACCGGACUUCCAUGGUUAGUGCCAGAUAAUACAUAUUUCAAAAGCUUAGUUAUGUGUUUUUUGGUUUAUGAUUAUCUUUGCAACCUUCUGUGGACGUGGGAAUGGUCUGGUCCAAAGGGUGAGAUCACAACAACUAAAGAGGAACCUGCUUUAUCUUUGGACACAACUAAAGGAAACCCAAAUGUUUUACCAAAAGAUUUGAAGUUAGUUUUAGUUGUUUAUCUGUGUAAGCUUGUUUUGAGUGUAUUUAUGCAAGGUAAAGCAAGCUCCAUGGUGGCAGUUGCCCUUGGGCCUAAUCCAGGGUGGGAGCUUUCAGGUGUUGGUGUCAAGCUUGUUGGCAAUACAGUGUGGAGUACCCCCUUUCAUCAAUUCUUGAUACUGGGUAAAAACAGUCUUGCCCCUGGUUCUGGGGUUGUCACAAAAUACUUGCUCCAGAGUGGUCUGCAAAAGUACUUGGACCAGCAAGGAUUCAGCAUAGUGGGCUAUGGCUGCACUAUAUGUACUGUGCUUUCUGGAAACAGAAACUUUGAAGGGCGUGUUCACCCACUAACAAGAGCCAACUACCUGGCUUCACCUCCCUUGGUUGUAGCUUACGCACUUGCCGGCACGAUAUGUGUAAAAUUACUCUUCUACCCUCAAAGAAACACACAACACAAAUUCAUAUCAUGUUUUGCAUGUUGUGUGUUUUAG